CCAGCUCCAACAACGAUCGGCCGGCCGGCGAUCGAUCUGAAGUUCUGAACAAUGAACAAUUUGAUGGAGCCAACACCAAAUUCCCUGCAGGCCGAUGCGAGAUACCGAUGCUCUAGCUGCUUGUAUAUAAAACCUCUUAGCGAUCUCAACGAUGAACAACAACCAAUUUCUAUAGCUGGCUAGCCAGAUAAGCACUAUUAGGAAAACCGUUUUUCAUUCCAUAAUAGAGCCGCCGUUAGAUUGCAGGCGGAACAUAAGUGGUCACGCAUGUAAAAACCGGUUCCUCGGGCAGAGGAGGCAACAGCAGCAGCAAUGGCGUCGUCUUCCAGGACAGCUCUGCCGUCCGCCGUGCUGGCCCUCCGCCUCCUGACGCUGGCACUCCUCGCGGCGUCGCUCGCCGUCAUCGCCGCCGACAAGCUCACCCUCGACUUCGGCGGUGGCCUCCCGCCGAAGAAGAUCACCUUCAAGGACGUCUACGCCUACAGGUAUGUCCUCGCAAUCGCUGUCAUUGGGUGUGCCUACACCCUGCUACAGAUCCCGUUCGUCGCCGUCAGCAUCGCCAAGAGGAAGAGGAUGAUAGGAGGCAGCGAGAAUGUGGCAUUGUUCCUCAUCUUCGCCGAUGUGAUAUUCGCGUUGCUGGUGGCGACGGGGGCGGGGGCCGGGUUUGGCCUCACCUACGACGCGAAGAGCGCAUUUGGUGGCUCGAAGCUGCCGGGGGAAGUGGUCAGGUUCUUCAACAUGGCCUACGCCGCCGCCGGGCUCAUGCUGCUCGCCGCCGCCGCCAUGGCGCUCAUCAUAAUGCUCUCCAUCUACUCGCUCGUCAGGUGAUCGAUCGAGAUUAUAUAUUGGUGCAUGAUGGUUAGCUAGCUAGCUUAUGACAGCAAAGGCUGGGAUUAUAUUUCAUUAUCUAAAAAAAGCUAGCUGAUGACAAGAGUUAAUUAUUUUGGUGUACGUUGGGGGAGCAACUGCGUGUAAAUUUUAAUUUAAAUUCCUUUAUAUUAAAUCACCAAUAGCUGCACAUGUACUGGUUGUUUUGUGAUGAGGGUUUGUUAUAUUAUACUAUUUCUCUGCUAUGCCGAUCAAUAAUAUGUGGCUGGAUUGAUGUAUCUUUGAUGCAGAGUGGUCUGGAUUGAAUUCUAUUAUGAAAAAUAAAUGUUUGA